AUGGGUGCACCUCUAGACUACAUUCGGACCCUCAUUGUUCCUAGUAUCUUGUCUUAUGCACGACAGAUUCAUAGUAACCCCAUUAACUCUACACGUAAACUCAUUUCGUUCGACGUGGAAGUAAUCAUCAAGGUGCCGGUUAAUAUUGAUGAUGAUGAUGAUGAGGUCGAUGAGCCGAAUGACGACGACGACGAUGAUGGGGAUGCAUUGGAUUUCAAGCCUGCUACAUAUUUUUCGGUUCAAACUUUGAGAAGGUAUAAAUGGGGUGAUGAUGAAGAACAAGAUUGUUUGCCUUUGAAGAAGAGGAGGAGAUUGCGUGAGGGUUUGAGCUCAACGAACAAAGAAUGUGCUAUCUGUCUCAAUGAGUUCUCGGAGGGUGACGAGAUUGCCUCGAUGCCAUGCACACAUGUGUUCCAUGAUGAAUCGCACCAUGCAGUGGUAAUCCAUCUUCAUCAACCUUUGCAACAGAAUUAUAGAAUUCCUACAUGCCCUCUUCUUCAAGUGAGGGACCAUGUUACAAAUCUUUGCAUCAUCAUUCUGCUUUCAUAUCGUAAAUUUUGCGCCACAGUAUCAUCAACUGGACAGCUUAUUCUUCCUGAGGCUCUUAAGCUUCUCCCUCUAUAUACUCUUGCAUUAAUCAAGUGUGGAGGGUUGCGAAAUGAUGGCAGAAUAGAUGACCGUUUCUUCUGGUUCAAUUAUGUUUCCUCCCUUUCUACUCCUUUGGCAAUCCCAUUGGUUUAUCCCAGGAUGUUUGCCAUCCUCAAUGUUGAUACAAAGGAUGGGGAUGAAUCUGUUCUUCCUCCUACAGUCCCACUUUCUAGUGAACAUGUCUGUGAUGAUGGAAUCUAUCUUCUUGAGAAUGGUGAGGACGCUUUAAUAUAUUUUGGAAGCUCAGUGGAUUCAAGUAUCUUGCAACAACUUUUUGGCUUUACCUCAGUCGACGAAGUACCCACUCAGUUUGUGAUGCAGCAAUUUUCCAAUCCUUUAUCAAAGAACUUCAAUGACGUAGUCAAUGUGAUUCGCCAACAAAGAUGGCCCUACCUUCGCUUCACAUUGUGCAAGAAGCGGGAUCCGUCAGGGAAGUGCAUUGAACUUCCUUCUCACGCAAAACUAUGA